CGCGUCUUCACUACCUUUUCCUCUUUCCUCCCCGUCCUGGUUGACCCACGACUACGUUCUACGACUUCCCGUUACUUUACUUAGCCUUUAAUAUCACAAGUGGCUGGUCCAUUUGACGUUCGUUUUCUAUCUUCCGACCCUUUUUGCUCCCUUUUCACGCCUCGACGUCCAAGUUUACGACACAUCCAACGAACAAUGAUUGAGAGGAUGUUCAACAGGACUACCGCUUCGACUUCCCGUGCUGCCCGCUGCCAGAAUGUGCCUCGGGCUCUCCAGCUCUCGCAGGCCCAUAGACUGUCUGGCAUGUCACCACAGUCGCCUCUGAAGGGCGGCGCUUUCCUCCAGGUCAGCGGAAGACCAACCCCGCCGCCAACCGCCACAUCGCCCUCGCCCUUCUUCGCACUUUGCUCGCCCCUCAUACAGAGCCCGCGCCAGCGCGUGGAGAAACUUACCCACUGCCUUGCCUCGAGCAGGCCUGCCGAGAUCGUCUACCCCUCCCUUGACCAGGUCACCGCCGAAGCCGAGCACGUCUCCACUUUCCUCGACCUCUACCGCGUGCGCGGCUUUGACGACGCACAACUCGUCAAAGUCAAGUCCCCCACGACUUGCGAUGGCGAGCCUUGGGCCCCAUUCACCGCGCCAGACAUGCCCGCGCAGCCCCGCCGGAGACGCAAUACCCUCCGUCGCAGUCGCUCACUCGGCGAUAUGCAAAGUGGCAUCGCGAUUACCUCCGAUGUUGUGCACGGCCCCGCUGCAGGGCGUGUAGCGACGGCCGAAAAGACCCACGCGAUGCGGCUUGGCCCUAUGCGUAAAGACUCAGAAUUCUUUCUUCAGCCCGUCCGGCGCCGCGGCGCGAUCGUCAAAAGCGACGCACGGCGUAUGGCCGAGUUCCGUCGGCGGUUCGGCACGCGUCCCGCGCGCCUCGCGCCGCGCUUCCCCGCGCCUGACGCCCCGCUACCAUCGCCUCCGCCUCCAUCUGCACUUCUAGAAGUCAAAUCGCCGCUUCCUCCUUCGCUAAUUGCUCCAAAGGCAGUGGUUGUAGUCCCGCAGCCGAGUGCAUACGCCUCCCUAGUCACCGUCAAAGGACAGUCGCCACUCCGAUCUCCGCAAGCACCGUAUUGGGUGAAGAGCCCUGUAAAGGAGGGAGAGGGGAUCCCAAAGACCCCAAGGACGAUUAGAAGCGAGCGUAGACAAGGUUGGGGCGGCGCGUGGACUAUGGGGAGUAUUGGCCAGGUUGUGCACAAGCUACGAGAGGUUCAAUAGCAGGUUAAGCUUAAUGACUCCUGGCAUGUCCCUCGUUUAUGAUUGAGCGUAUAAGUCCUAGAGAACUUGUCGUAGUCGCACGUACCGUGGUGUCUAGGUUGUAAAGAUUUAUUUUGAACAUAUUUUAUAACGAGAGGUAGAGACCAAAGCUUAAGCAUACCGAAACAUGUACCUAGCAUUUCAAUUGCAGUCACAAAAGGCACGCUUACAUAUUUA